AUCAAAAUGAUAAUGUUAAGCUAGGUUUCCCAAGUAUUUUAAAAGCAUAGUUCAAAGGACAAAUUUAUACACAUUUCUUUAAAUAUUCUGUUUAUUUUGUUCAAUGCUUGCUAGGUUCGUUAAUUCCUUGCCGUUUGGGCUCUCGCAACAAAUUACAAAGCUGUAUUUUCAAGCUUUGAUUCGCAAUCAACGAGAAGCUCACAGUCAAAUAGAACAUCAUCAAUACCGAAAUAUGGAUGUAAAGAUACUGCCAGCUUUGCAAGACAACUACAUGUAUUUGAUUGUAGAUAAAGCAACCAAGCAAGCAGCCAUUGUUGAUCCAGUAGAUCCUAAAAGUGUAAUGAAAGCUGUUGAAGAACAAGGCGUAAAUCUAACUUCAGUACUGACUACACAUCACCAUUGGGAUCAUGCUGGUGGUAAUGAAGAACUAAUGAAGCUUCAUCCUGACCUCACUGUGUAUGGUGGAGAUGACCGCAUUGGAGCUCUCACCAAAAAGGUGGAGCACAACACUCAAUUCAACAUUGGCAAUCUGAAUGUUCAGUGUUUGUUUACUCCGUGCCAUACGUCUGGACAUAUUUGCUACUUUGUCACUUCUCCCAAGGAAGACAAUGAAUCUGUUGUGUUUACAGGGGACACCUUAUUUCUUGGAGGCUGUGGGAGAUUUUUUGAAGGUACAGCUGAUCAAAUGUAUAAAGCAUUGAUAACUAUUUUGGGGACAUUACCAGACCAGACAAAAGUAUUCUGUGGGCAUGAAUACACAUUGCAAAAUUUGAAAUUUGCACUACAUGUUGAGCCCUCUAAUGAAGAAAUUAGGAAAAAGAUUGAAUGGUCUACCGAGAGGAGACAGGAGGGGAAACCUACUGUUCCUUCUACAAUAGCAGAAGAAAAAUUAUAUAAUCCAUUUAUGAGGGUGACACAACCUACUAUAAUGAAGUUUGCUAAUUGUUCAGAUGCUAUACAAACUAUGAAGACAAUCCGAUCCCACAAGGACAACUUUAAGGGAUAACUACUACUCGAAAAUGAAGAGGUUUUGCAUUUAAUUCUAAACAAGGCACAAUUUAAUAAUAUUAUUUUAUUUUUGUUACAAAUAA